CGAUAGGCGUGUAUUAGCAGCAGCAGGCGAGCAUACGGCGCGUUUCCUCGAGUGUCUGCGCUGCGGGAAAAUCUUGCCUACUCUCUCUCAUUCGAUGUGUGCGAUCAGACAUUUUGAAAAGCUUGAAGCGAGAAAAUUUCUAUUUCCACUUUUUUGCGAAGCAAUAUUCACUGUUUUGUGCUCAUAUUCGGAGAAAAAAUAGACAUUUGCAGUGAAGUACGUUGGAAUAUUGCAAGAUUAUGGUAAAGUGAAGAUAGAAUCAGUGGUCUAUUGGCGAUAAACUUUGGCUGGACUGGAUCCAAGCCCAGUAUUGAUUUUCCAUUUUCUCUCGAUGGUUUAAUUUAUGUGCAAAGUUGAAAGUCUCUUCGCAUAUGGCGAUGAUAAACUUGAUGGAAAUUGUUCAAUAUUGAAUUCUUAGGAAAUAAUUUCUUGGAGAAGACGAAUCUUGAACUCGAACAACGCAAUAAACGAAGAAUUUGGUUCUGUGAAAAUAAGUGAAUCGGUGAUAAGAAAAGUGACAUUCUGUCCUGCUAUCUCGGUCCCGAAAGUCAUACCUCCUGGUACUGUCGACUUUAUUCGAUUCUGUGUUAUAGAUGUGUCUCCCUUAAGAGGUUCAGUUUUUCAUAUUCGCCUCUCUGUGUUAUAAAACGCUCUGUUGCUUGUGGGGAAAAGAGGGAGAAAAACAUUAAGGGAAAUAUCGGCUGUAGUGGUGUGAACUAGUGUGUUUUGUUCGACUCAACGACUCAUAAGAGCGAACAAGCAGUGAUGAAUCAAAAACAGCUGUGUAUGCAGAAAAUAAAGAGUGCUUCUUGGUCGUCGUUGUCGUCGUCUUUGUAGUUGCAGGGUGAAGUCAGUGAUAAACAACACAUAUACGAGAGAUUCGAGAAUCUAAUAAUAGCAACGGAGUGAAGGAGAAUCGUCGCGUUCCAAUCGUAUGCUGGCACUAGCCGCUGCAUCAUCGUUUGACCUGAGAUCGUAAAGCAGUGUCAGGUUCAUUAGUGUAGAAUAUUCACUGUAGUGUGUUGUGCAGUGCAUGAAUCUUUUUGUGUGAGACUUGAAAAAUCAAAAAAAAAAAUACGCAAAUAUUAGUGUUGUGUCCAGGAGCAGCAGCCGCCCAUCAGCGUCGCCGAAUCUCGACCACGGGUAUGCUAUUUAAUGGACACAAGGGGACGUCGAAGUGUCGUCUAUGGCCGAAUCCGUUGGUAAGCAAGUGCUCUCUGCAGUGACGGAGGGGCAUCAUCAUCAGCAGCAGCAACAACAACAAUAUCAUCGGUAUCAACACCACCAUCAAACAACAACAACAACAACAACAGCAGCAGCAGAAAAUAGCAGUGGCAGUCGGAGAUCAAAAAGUAGAUCUUCUCAGAAAACCCAUCAGCGUUCCGAAACGUCGAAAACGGAUUACAACAGCAGACAAAGCAGCAGUGGUCGAAAACGCAAGCACGAGGAAGACAGGAAGCAGCAACAGAAUUCGACUCCCUCGCCGAUAGCUUUCCGAACACGUUCACGAACCGUUUCGAAGGAAAUUCCUCUUGCUCCAAUUGCCAGUAGUAGCAGUAGCAGUAAGAUCCAGCAGGCGUCAUCACCUUCGGUGGAAGCCCAGUGCAGUAAGCGUCACGGCGCCAUACGGAAGCACGCUGGUAACAUACAUGAUAGCACAAAGUCCACUAGCAAUAGUCAUAGUGCCACCUCCGCCGCCGUUGGAUCAGCGUUAGCAGUAUCACCAACUACUUCGACACUUUCUUGCUCAUCGUCUCUAUCGUCGUUGUCAUCGCUUCCAUUUGAGGGAGGAGCAAAGCAAAAAUUAACUAAACAAUCACACCACGAACAACAUUUGCCGGACUUUUACGGCCACAGUUCCACCAGCAGCACUUGCAGUAGUAGUCGUGGAGGUAGUGUCAGUUCCAUCGCUUCGUCGUCACGAUCAAUCGAGAAGGAGAAACGCAGGAAAGGAGGGGACCCGAAGCUGUCGAAAAAGGUCUUCGAUCGAGUGUUCCAGGAGGAAAAGCAGCAACAGGAACGCAAGCGUAGUAGAUCUGGUUCUAAGCUAGACCGGUCAGCAGUAGCAGCAGCAGCAGCAGCAGUACAGGUACAAACAAGUACGGUGGAAGAGGGACGGAAUUUGCGUUCCCAUCACCACCAUCCAGAGCCAUCAGCAGGGUUAGCAACAGUAGUAGCAUCGUCGAGCGUCGUAGUACCGAAAAAGCGACAGAAAGUGGGGGACCAACACCCGGGCGGUACGGGCAGCAGCCAUAAAGCCCCGAACCUGGGGGCACGUCUAGCUCGUAGCAGCGGAGGUAGGGAGCCCCAACAUCAUCACCAACAGCAGCCGCAGCAGUAUCAUUCCGGUAGUGUUCACAUCGGUAGUGCAAGUAGUAGUAGCAGUCACAAUCACAGCACCCAGGGGCACCUACCUAGCGGCCUGCUAAGACGUAGUUCUCGUGGCAAAAGUUCUUAUCAAUCCGCAACAACGGGUUCUUGUGUUAGUUCGAACACCGCCAAUCCCAGUCAAGUGCAGCAGCAACAGCCAUCAUCAUCACAAUCUUCUCGCUCGGGCAGUCAUCGUGGUGGUGGUUCCGGUAGUGGUUCGGCCAAUCCAUAUUCGGCUGGCAGCUCCUCCGGUGCUACUGCCAAAGGCUCAUCCUCCAAAGGUGCCUCGUCCUAUUCGUCGUCAUCGGUGGUGACGGCGGCAAACAAUAACAAUUCCACUUCGCUCGGAUCACUAGCGGCAGGUUACGAUCCAACGGCAGCAGCGCCUGGACCAUCCAACUCAGCAAUGGCCAAUGAUGGCUCUCGGAACAAUAACAACGACCAUUCGCAUCACCAUCAACCGAGCGGAUCCAGCUCGUCGCACCCAUUCAUCAAACUGCACAAAACGACCAGUCUUGGAUCGGCUUCGGUCGGAACAUCCGCUCCCAUCGAUGUGAACAUGAUGAACGUGACCGGUGCCGGUGCUUCCGGUGGUGCUGCUUCGAAUUCCGCCAGCUUGGGUGCUGCCGCUGCCGUUCCGCAUCCCGAUUCGGAAAGCGACGACAGCGAAGUUGGCAGGCUUCAGGCUCUCCUGGAAGCCCGGGGUCUCCCUCCGCACUUGUUCGGUGCUCUGGGACCCAGGAUGCACCACCUACUGCAUCGUACCAUGGGAGCAAACAGCAGUUCCAAAGCGCAACAGCUUCUCCAAGGGCUGCAAUGUCAGGACGAAAGUCAACAGCUGCAAGCUGCAAUCGAAAUGUGCCAAAUGUUGGUCAUGGGUAACGAGGACACCCUAGCGGGAUUCCCAAUCAAACAGGUCGUACCAGCACUGAUCACCCUUCUCCGAAUGGAGCACAACUUUGACAUCAUGAACAAUGCUUGCCGUGCAUUGGCGUACAUGCUAGAAGCUCUCCCACGAUCAUCCGGGACCGUCGUCGACGCAAUUCCGGCAUUCCUUGAAAAACUUCAGGUCAUCCAGUGCAUGGACGUGGCAGAACAAAGUCUCACGGCAUUGGAAAUCCUUUCCCGUCGGCACAACAAAAGUAUUCUACAGGCCAAUGGAGUGUCGGCCUGUCUCACUUAUCUGGACUUCUUCUCCAUCAACGCCCAGCGGGCGGCUCUAGCCAUCACAGCCAAUUGCUGUCUGAAUCUACAUGCCGAUGAAUUUCACUUCGUUAAAGAGUCUCUGCCCUUACUGGCUCGACUUCUAGCUCAGCAAGAUAAAAAGAGCGUCGAAAGCAUAUGCACUGCAUUCUAUCGCUUGGUGGAUAGCUUCCAGCAUGAUCCGACUAUCCUUCAGGAGAUAGCAAGCAUGGAACUGCUGAAAAACUGCCAACAACUGCUGGUAGUCACCCCUUCGGUUCUCAACUCCGGAACAUUCACCAAUGUUGUCCGAAUGCUGAGUGUCAUGUGCGCAAACUGCCCGGAUCUGGCUAUCACCCUGCUGAAAAACGACAUAGCCUCUACGCUUCUCUAUUUGCUCACCGGAUCGGCGGAUCCCGUAACGUCGGAUGUAGAACUGGUUCCCAGAUCUCCCUCGGAACUGUACGAAAUCACGUGUCUGAUAGGAGAGCUGAUGCCUCGUCUACCGACGGACGGUAUCUUCGGAGUGGACUCCUUGCUCGAGCGAACCCAAGCCAACGUUCAGGAUGCUGUCCAGUGGCAAUGGAAAGACGAUCGUGGCGUUUGGAGACCAUACUCUUCCAUCGAUUCCCGUAUGAUCGAAGCGGCCCACCUGAAUUCGGAUGACGAAAUCAGCCUGAGUACGCUGGGGCGGACCUACACGAUUGAUUUCCACUCGAUGCAACAGAUCAACGAGGACACCGGGACGACCCGGGCCGCUCAAAGGAAGAUCAAUCAUGCUCUGCUGGCUCAGCAACAGGGAGCUGUAGUGAUCAAUACAGGUGCAAUAGCAGCCGCUGCUGGGAUCUCGGGUGAAACUGGCGAAGCUAAUUCUGGCACUUCCGGAGGCACUGGAUGUGUCAAUCUGGCCACUAGGCCACCGAAUGCUACUCGAGAUGCACGGAUAGCUUGUCUCAAGGAGGAACGAGGAUUGGCUGCCGAGUUUAUCAAGAACCUCUUUUCGGUUCUGUAUGAGGUGUACAGCUCGUCGGCUGGCCCCUCGGUACGUUACAAAUGUCUACGCGCGUUGCUGAGGAUGGUGUACUUUGCCAAUAGCGAUCUCCUGCGAGAAGUGCUGAAGAAUCAACUGGUUUCGUCACACAUUGCCGGAAUGAUGGCUUCAAACGAUCUCAGAAUCGUAGUCGGUGCUCUGCAGAUGGCUGAAAUCCUGAUGCAAAAAUUGCCGGAAGUCUUCGGGAUGCACUUCCGCCGAGAAGGUGUCGUGCAUCAGAUCACUCAGUUGACGGAUCCAACCAUACCGAUCUGUGCUGCCCCGUCGCCCAAAUCUGGAGCUCAAAGUGCCCCCUCGUCGGCUACCAUUCACCCGAACAAUACAUUCGAUUUUGACAGUGCCAUUGCCUCAAGUUCAAAGUCCGGCUCCCAGGCGAUUGCCAUCGUUGGCGGUGCCGGUCCACACGUCAAGAACCUCAACUCUGCUAUGAUGAUGGCCAGUAAGAUCAGCAUGUCGAUGCCAUCGACCAGUUCGACUCUGCUGCAUUCACCGACAUCGGCCGCCAAUCUACCCGGAACAUCGAGCAGCUUCACGGCGAUCAAUUUGAACACCUCGGCCAAGGGUCUUCACCACAAUCACCACCAUCAUCAGCAGAUGUCCACCAGUACACUCCAUCUGGAAUCGCUGGCCACUAAUAUGCAACCGAGUAUCCCCGGAGCAAUCGCUACGCCAAACAAUGGAAACAUUCUGCUGAAUGCAAUCUACAGCUCGGCCAUCCCAAUCAACCAGCAAGCCUCUCAUCAUCACCAAGCGGAGGCGGGUUCCAGCAAGCAAACACAUCUCUAUCAGAGUCAUCAUUUUCCGGAUACCUUCGCGUACAAUGCCGAACAGGGCAUCCUGACGUCUCCUCUGUCCGUAACAUCCGGUGCCGGAGCUACCUUGGUGGCCACAACAGUGGCUGCUUCCCAUCACGACACUCGAUCUCACAGUCCCGGCCAGCUGAAGGUUUCCGAUAUCCUCAAGCGUAAAGUUCCACCAAAGCGAAAAUCCCAGAGCAGUUCCAAGUCCAAGUCUCGUCAUGACGAUGCCGGUGCUUCCGGAAGCGGUUCCCACUCGGUAGCCAGUGGAUCCACUGUGGCUGGAACGUCUAGUUCGUCCACCACUUCGUCCGUCAUGCAGGAAUUGAUCAAUAAGGCAACCACUCUGGGAUCUUCUUCCGGACGGAAUACCCCAUCGUCCAGUUCCCGAUCACGAUUCUCUGGUGCCUCGUCAAAGACGACGUCCUUCCUAGCUUCGUUGAAUCCGGCCCGCUGGGGACGUCAAUCUUCGUCCUCAUCGUCACAUCAUUCGACUGCAUCGUUCGGCAAGGACGGCGCCAAUGCGCUGGCAAAGAGCCAAUCUAACUCCAACCUGAUUGCUGCGGGUAACCGUGAGAAAGCUCGUCAAUGGAUCCGGGAACAGGCCAUCACCUUUGUGAAUCGUUACUCAACGAAUGGGGUGGGAGCAACGAGCGGUUCGCUGCAUCCAGCUUGCUCGAUCCUUUCCCGGUUAACUGGUGCUAUUCAAAAGAUGGACGGCAACCAAGGCGAGUGUCUGGCUGCGCUAAAGGAACUACGGGACAUCCUCAUUGAGAGCGACAUAUCCCCCUUCGAGGUGAACCAUUCCGGGUUGAUCCGAGCCAUGCUGAGCUACAUGGCCAACGACGACAACCAGCUGGUGGAACGUGCCGACCGUCUUCGGAUGUUCCUGCACGUGUUUGCCAACCUUCCGUUAGACGGAAACUUCUCGUGCAAUAUGGCUCCGGCGAUUAACAGUGCACCGUUCAGUGCCUUCGUGGCCAAGCUGAACGGAUGCGUUACGCAGCUGGAACAGUUUCCGGUCAAGGUGCACGAUUUUCCCGCCGGGGUUGGGGGCCGUUCGAAUACAAGUGCUCUUAAAUUCUUCAAUACGCACCAGUUGAAGUGUAACCUCCAACGUCAUCCCGAGUGUACGAAUCUGCGCCAAUGGAAGGGUGGCACCGUGAAGAUCGAUCCCCUUGCCUUGGUGCAGGCGAUCGAGCGCUAUCUGGUGGUGCGCGGCUACGGAGGAAUACGGGUGGACAGCGAGGAGGACUCGGAAGAGGAUAUUGACAAUAUCGAUGCCGCUGCGAUGAUUUCGAUGGGCGGGCUGAAGCACAAGUUGCAAUUCCUGAUCGGAGAGCACGUACUGCCAUACAAUAUGACGGUGUACCAAGCGAUCAGGCAGUACUCGCCGCUGGUGAACGAUCAGUCCGAGACCGAUACGGACACGGAGACGCCCAUUGGAAGCGCCAGCAUUUGGGUACAGCAGCAUACCAUCUACUAUCGCCCGGUGGAGGAAGAUUCCAACAGCGCUUCCAAGAGUGGCCAGUCCAGUUCGUCCCGAAAGAACAGCAAAAAUUCCCAAUCGAAGAUAAUGCGCCGGAAACCGGAAUUCUGGAUCGACGGUAUCGCCCCGUCAGUCGUUUCCCCACUGAUGCCAUUCCUGACAUCCAAACUGCCCGAUGUGGUUAGCGUGCAGGACGCUUCGCUUGAUGCCCUCUGUAUGCUACGCAUCAUCAAUGCUCUGAACCGCCAUUGGGCCACUUUGUACUUUUCAGUACCGCAGAGUCACAUCAUUCCCCAGGUUGAAUUCAUCCAUUCGAAGAUCGCUGCCAAGGCCAGUCGUCAGCUGCAGGACCCGUUGGUCAUCAUGACUGGCAAUUUGCCACAGUGGUUGCAGCAGAUUGCGGCCGCCUGUCCAUUCCUGUUCCCGUUCGAAACACGCCACCUAUUGUUCUAUGCUGUAUCAUUCGAUCGCGAUCGUGCGCUGCAACGCCUGCUCGAUACGACGCCCGAUCUCAACUCGGCAGACACUAGUGAGCGAGUAACACCUCGUCUGGACCGACGCAAGCGUGCCAUUUCUCGCGAGGACAUACUCAAACAGGCGGAAUCGAUCAUACAGGACUUUGGGCACUCGAAGGCUCUGCUGGAGAUCCAGUACGAAAAUGAAGUCGGAACCGGUCUGGGUCCAACCCUUGAAUUCUACGCACUGGUCUCAACCGAACUGCAACGCUGUGAUCUAGGUUUAUGGAACGACAGUGAUAGUUAUAAGAAUAACAACAAUCAACAGUCGAGCUCGAUUGCGGACAACAUUGUAAAAUCUGCGCUGAAUCAGAUCGACGAUGAUACCACCUCCGCCACGACUACGAACCGAUCGUCCUUGUCGCCGAUGGGCACACGGCAUCACCAUCAUCAGCAACAGCACGAUAGUGACCAUAAUGUGAGCGAUGGCAGCUUCGUCAUCAGCAAUGAAAACUCACUUAACAUGCUGAUUGAACAAUCGGACAAUCUGCUGCUGAGUAGCAAUCCCCAACAGGCGGAGUUGGAGAAUAAUCAGACACCACCGCCAACGACGCAGCAGCAGCAACUUUCACUCAUUUCGCCGCCAUCCACUGGUGCCGGUGGCAGCAGUGGAGCCGUAUCCUACGUCAAUGCACCCCACGGACUGUUUCCGAUUCCGCUUAGCAAAACAGCGAAAACUUCGCAGAUCUCACGCUUGAAGUACAAGUUUAAAUUCUUAGGAAAAUUUAUGGCUAAAGCUGUGAUGGAUAGUCGAAUGCUUGACCUUCCCUACUCGAUACCGUUCUACCGAUGGUUGCUGUCGGAGGAGAACUCGGUUGGGCUGCCCGAUCUCGAUCAGGUGGCACCGGAAGUGCAGGUAACGCUUCUUCGGUUGACAGAAAUCGUUAAGCAACGGGAUCUGAUACAGGCCGAUCCCAGCCUGGAUGCCAUGGAGAAGACUGAAAAGAUCGAAUCACUCGACCUGGACGGCUGUCCGAUCGCUGACCUGGGCCUGGACUUUGUUCUGCCCGGUCAUCCGAACAUCGAGCUACGCCGCGGUGGCCGCGAUAUGGCCGUCACCAUCCACAAUUUGCAUCAGUACAUCUCGCUGGUGACCCAUUGGUUCCUGGUCGAAGGCGUUUCGCGACAAUUUGAAGCACUGCGAGAAGGAUUCGACUCGGUAUUCCCGGUCAAUCGGUUGCGUAUGUUCUACCCGGAGGAGCUGGAGAACGUGUUCUGUGGAUCUGGACUGAAUGCGGCGUCGCACCAACGGUGGGACGUUCGAAUGCUGACCGAGUGCUGCCGCACGGAUCACGGGUUCACGCAAGAUUCGCAAGCCAUUCUGCACUUCUACGAAAUCCUGAGCACCUACAACCGGGAAGAGCAGCGACUGUUCCUGCAGUUUGUAACCGGAAGUCCUCGGCUGCCGACGGGUGGUUUCAAGGCCCUCACGCCUCCGCUGACGAUCGUACGGAAGAAGAUGGACGGCAACCAGAAUCCGGACGAAUAUCUGCCAUCGGUGAUGACCUGCGUGAACUAUCUUAAGCUGCCGGACUACUCGAGCCGGGAAGCGAUGCGACAGAAGCUGAAACUGGCUGCCAGCGAGGGCAGCAUGAGUUUCCAUCUGUCCUAAGCCGGGCGCCAAGAGCGAGGGAUAGAAGAGGUUCACAUUUUAAAUGCUAGUCGUCGCGGUUUGUUUAUCUUAUCGUUUCGUUAUCGUCUCGGAAUCGGUUUUGUUUUCUUUUCGGGGAGAAGGUAAUAACCUCUUUUUUAUUAGUGGAUGAUUUGUUUUAGGGGCAGGCGCUGUGUCGCUGCGCGGAAAACUACCGAUUAUCUCAACCAAAUAAAUGCUAGUGAAAUGUAAGUUCAUUUGAAAUGAAGGACGGAAGGAUACGUGAGUGCGCGUGAUGAUGUACAUUGUUAGGCAGUAGAAGCGAGGAAGUUUUUUUUUUAUAUUUGUUUUUCAUUAUUUUGGACAUAAAUUUGCCACCCUUGGUUAUAUCAUUGGAAAAAAAAGCGUUGGAUUGUUCUUCAUUUGCAGACUUUGAAAAGAAACACUUUUGUUUUCAGGGAAGCUUUAUCUCUAGCGGCGAUUCUCAAUAACUUUUUUUUUUAAGGUCGUUGGUACGUUUUAU